UUUGGUCCGGCUCGGCUGCGUCACUUCCUGUCGCCCGGCGGUUGGGCCUGGCAGGAAGGAAGGAAGGCAGGAAGGCCGCGGCGGAGGCCUCGCCGGCCUCGUCGGAUGGCCCGCGCCCGGAGGCCGAGGCCGAGGCGGAGGAGGAGGACGGGGCGCCCGCAGGCCCCGGAGAGCGCGCGCAGGCCUCCCUCCGCAGAACCAUGUCCGGCCCACACGACGAGGAGGCCCGGAAGGAGGCGGCCUUUGCGGCCGAGCACUUGGCGGCCGAGUCCAUGGCGGCCGACAUGGACCCCUGGGUGGUGUUUGACGCCCGCAAGACCCCGCGGGCCGAGUUCGAGGAGUGGCUGCAGACCUACCAGCCGUCCCGCGUCUCCCGCUUCGGGGACCCCGAGCGCAACGCCGAGCCGGUGGGCUGGAUCGCGGUGUACGGGCCCGGCUUCUGCCCGGAGGGGGGGGACGUGGUGGGGCUGCAGGAGGACUGGGAGCGGCUGCAGGGCAGCGGCCGGCACGUCACCUUCGACACGGUGAGGGAGCUGGCCCUCAACCGGCGGGUGCUGACCGGCAAGUGGCUGAUGCACCUGGACAGCGGCUUCAAGGUGGACCACGCCUGGCGCGGCAUCGCCCGGGCCGCCCUCGAGGGGCGCAUCGGGGUGGCCAAGGUCAGCCCCUGCGGCCCCGACCCGGAGCGCAAGCAGGUCAUCUGCGUCUACACCGAGGACUUCACCAACGAGGAGCAGGUGCUGCUGGCCGACGCCGUCAUCCGGGCCACCGGCGUCAAGUGCCUCCUCUCGUACAAGCCCGACGUCUACACCUACCUGGGCAUCUACCGGGACAACCGCUGGCACCUCUGCCCCACCAUCUACGAGAGCAAGUUCGACCUGGAGUGCAUCCCGCGCCGCUCGCGCAUCAUCAACAAAGUCAGCAACACCGAAGUGACUUAGCCGCCAGCAUGCCGUGCGUAUUCACGGUGUAUUUGGUCCCCUUAAGCCCGACUUCUUCAGAGACUCUUGCCAAUCAAAGGGCUGCUUUUGGGGGAAAUGAGCAUUUCCAGAUUCUCUUAAGGAAACAGCCUUGGGACUUGGCGGAGAGGUACGUCAUCACUUUUGUUGACAAUUUCAGAAUUAAACUCUAAAUAGUGUCUAUUAGAGCACUUCUCGUUAAGAGUGCACCUCCACACACUUUCCUCCUCUUCUUCUAUAGCAGAUGCUUUGAUACUAAAUUAUCUUUUGAAGGCUGUAAACAUCACUAUGGUAGGCUCGGAUGCAAAGCCUUACACAAGUGGCCACCUCGGAGGGUCAAAAAUACAGUUUCCAGCAACACGUAAAUAUUCACCAUUUAAAACAUGUAUUUGUUGCACAAAGUAUGGUCUUGCCCCACCUGAACUCAGAAAAUGUUUUUUGCCCUCUUUAUUGUUAUUGAUCACUUCCAGCCUCACUCCUUUGUUUCUUGGAAAGAUAGCUUAAUAUUUCUGUGCUCUCGAGGUUGUGGGAAGCAUCCACCCGGCUGUAAAUAGGUCGGCAAUAAAAAUAGUUUUGCUCA